UUGCAGAGGAGAGUAUAAAGGGGCUGACUGGGAGGGCAGAGGGGGACUAAGAGCAGCACUGGACCACACUGAGUGUCUGCUUGACUCACCACGUCCUGCUGUGUACCAUGGGGAUGAACGGGCUGCUUAUCAAAUCAAGCAUCUUCCUCCUCCUCCUCUUCUUCCUUCCAGGAGACACCUCACCCAUCACAGAGCCGCAGUACCUCGUGCUGGUGCCCUAUCUGAUCCACACGGAUUCUCAAGAGAAAGUCUGCGUUCAGCUGACCUACCUGAAUGAGUCUGUGACGCUGAGUGCCACACUCGAGUACCUGUGGGGGAACAGCAGCUUGAUUGAUGACGUGGUGUCAGAGAAAGACGUGUUCACCUGCAUCCCUUUCUCUCUUCCAAAACCAAGACUCCCAUUACCCUACGUGUUUCUCACUGUGAUGGUGAAGGGGGCCACGCUGCAGUUUAGCAGCCGCAAGUUGCUGGUGGUCCAGAACUCUGAGAGCUUGGUCUUCAUCCAGACAGACAAACCCAUCUACAAGCCCGGACAGACAGUCCUGUUCAGAAUUGCUUCUCUGGAUGAAGAGUUCCGACCUGUGAAUGAAAUGAUCCCACUGGUGUAUAUUGAGGACCCAAAGAAAAAUCGUCUGUACCAGUGGACAAACGCAGAGUUAGAGAUGGGAUUUAUACAGCUGUUCUUCAACCUCACCUCUGAACCUAUCCAAGGCACCUACACCGUGGUGGCACAGAAGGCCUCUGGGAAGAAAGUUCAGCACUCUUUCUCUGUGGAGGAGUAUGUGCUGCCAAAAUUUGAAGUGACAGUGAAAAUGCCCAAGGUGAUCAGCAUUCUGGAUGAGGAGCUGAAGGUGACAGUUUGUGGACUAUACACAUUUGGGAAGCCUGUUCCCGGCCUCGUGAACUUCCGUGUCUGCCGGAACUAUGAACGUGCAGCCGUGUCCUGUUAUGGUGAAGAGUCUAGAGCAGUCUGUGAGGAGUUCUCUGGACAGACAGACAUCUAUGGCUGCAUUUCUGAAGUGGUAAAGACCAAAUUAUUCCAGCUCAAGAGAGGCGGAUAUGAGAAUAAGCUCCGUGUAGAGGCUAAGAUUAAAGAGGAGGAUACAGGAGUGGAGUUGACUGGAACAAGCUUCUCUGAGAUCACAACCACCAUUAGCAGAAUCAUAUUUGAGCUUUCAGAUACUUACUACAAGCGAGGAGUCCCCUUCUUUGGGCAGGUGAAACUAGUAGAUGGGUCUAAUGCUCCAAUCGCCAAUGAAACUGUGAGAAUUUCUCUUCAAGGAGGACAGGAACAAAACUAUACAACAAAUGAAGAGGGUGUGGCAGAGUUUGCUCUAAACACUUCUUCAUUGGCCUUGGAAAAUGUUGGAAUUAGGGCAGUUCAUAAAAAAAACAUCUUCUGCUAUGAUCGUUCCUGGGCUGUUCCAUCUUAUGGAGAACGUUAUCUCCAACUGAAGCGCUUUUACUCUCCCAGUAAUAGCUUCCUCAAAAUUGAGCCCAAGUCCAAGCCACUAAGCUGUGGCUCCUCCACAGAGAUCUGGGUGCAUUAUAUCCUUACUCCAGCUGCUAUAGGAGAGCAGAAGAAAAUCACCUUUUACUACCUGGUGAUGGCCAAGGGAAACAUUAAGCAAGGAGGCACUCACAUUCUGGAUUUGGACAAGGAAAGUGACAAUGGUGUCUUCUCACUACAGCUGUCUGUACAAGCUGAUAUUGCUCCAGUGGCCCAAGUGCUUGUCUACACCACGGUCUCCAGCAAGGAGGUGAUUGCUGAUUCAGCCAAGUUCCACACAGAAUUGUGUUUCAACAAUAAAGUGGACUUAAGCUUCUCCCCUUCGGAAGGCCUGCCUUCCUCAGAUGCUCACUUGCAGUUCCGGGCCUCCCCGAACUCCCUCUGUGCUGUGCGUGCUGUGGACAAGAGUGUUCUCCUCAUGAAGCCAGAGGCUGACCUGUCACCCACCUCUGUGUAUGACUUACUUCCAGUGAAGGAAUUCCAUGGCUAUGUCUAUGAUUCAAAUGUACCCUUGGAGGAGACCCAGUGGAAUUGCGUGACUGUGGAGCCAAUACUUCGGGAUGGGAUCACCUAUGUCCCAGUAAUGGGGGUGAAUGAAGAGGACACGUACAGCAUCCUAAAGGAAAUGGGUUUAAAGGUUUUCACAAAUACCAACGUGAAGAAACCUUGGUUUUGUGGCCCAAGUAAUCACAUGUAUCCUCAUUCAUCAGCUGGCACAGAAACACCUGUAGCCAUGGCUGCACCACCCAUGUAUGCAAUGAGGACAAGCGGCAUUCUGUCAGAGAGACAUUCUAACCAGUUAAGCACUCCUGAAGAGGUGACAGAGACAGUCCGAAAGUAUUUCCCAGAAACCUGGAUUUGGAGUUUAGUACCUAUAAGCUCUGAGGGAAAAGCUGAUCUAGAAGUGACCAUCCCUGACACCAUCACCGAGUGGAAAGCCAAUGCAUUCUGCACUUCAGCAGACACGGGCUUUGGCCUGUCCCCGACAGUGUCCCUCAGAGCCUUCCAGCCCUUCUUUGUCGAGCUCACCAUGCCCUACUCUGUGGUGCGUGGGGAGUCCUUCACGCUCAAAGCCACCGUUUUCAACUACCUGCCUGCCUGCAUCAGGGUCAGUGUGACUCUGGCACAGUCUACUCAUUUCCUGGCUACUCUGGUGGAAAAGCAGAAAGAAUCUCAUUGUCUCUGUGAGAAUGUGAGGAAAACCGUGGCUUGGCUGGUGACUCCCAAAUCUCUAGGGCAGGUGGAGCUCUCAGUGACCACCGAGGCCCUAGAGAACCAGCAGCCCUGCGGGAACUACAUUGUGGAGACCCCUGAGAAAGGGCGUAAGGACACGGUCAUCAGACAGCUGCUGGUGGAGCCUGAAGGAGUUGAGAAGGAAACAACCCAGAAUUCUGUGCUCUGUGUAAAAGGAGUCCCUGUGAAAGAGGAGUUUUCCCUGUUGCUACCUGAAAAUGUGGUACAAGACUCAGGCAGGGCAUAUUUCUCAGUGUUGGGUGACAUCAUGGGCACUGCCAUGCAGAACCUGCACCAGCUCCUCCAGAUGCCCUUUGGCUGUGGGGAGCAGAACAUGGUUCUGUUUGCACCCAACAUCUACGUCCUGGACUAUCUGAAUAAGACAGGGCAGCUGAGUGAGGAGAUCAAAUCCAAGGCCACUGGAUACUUAGUGAGCGGUUAUCAGAGGCAGCUGAACUACAAGCACCAAGAUGGUUCUUACAGUACCUUUGGACAACGUUAUGGCCAACCAGGGAACACCUGGCUCACAGCCUUUGUCCUCAAGUCCUUUGCCCAGGCCCGGCAUCACAUCUUCAUAGAGGAGAAGCACAUCCAGGAUGCUUUGCACUGGCUGUCCUACAAACAGAAGGAGAACGGCUGUUUCCAGAGUUCUGGGACACUCCUGAACAAUGCCAUGAAGCUGGAAGGCCACCCUGUUAUUGAGCGCACAGAGCUGAACACCAACCACGUUCUGCUAUACCUGGAAAAG